CUCCCCAAUGGUGACGGGGCUUUUGAGUUGCUGCGCACCUUCGACGACCGCCUACCUGCUCCCACUGUUGUCUCUUGGGGAAAUUGCGACAUCUUGAACUCGUAGUAGUAGUCGUUAUAUUUUCCUAUCUAACCAACCCGAGCGACUUCAGUGUCAAUUCAACUUGUCGACAAGUCGGGUGUCAUGUCGAGUGACCUUCCUCCCACUGGCUUUGGCCAGUAUCAAACCUCGGCUGUUGCGUCCGCUCAAUGGAAUAACUGGGCCCACAUGUUGGCCACCAACAAUAAUUCGCAAGCUAUUCAUGCGGCUAUGGCUGUCCAGCGGGGAGGCUACAAUCAACAUCAACUUUAUUCGCAGUCAGUGCCGACUUCUGGGGUUCAGAGUGGAUGGGCCCAAUCACCAUGGGGUCCUUGGGUUCAACCACAUCCUCAACAGAAUCGUUUCCAACAGCCGAUAGCAUCCCAAUUCCCUGGGCCUCCUCCCCAAAUGCUACAUGUUGAACACUCAUUCCGAAUGUGUUCUUUGUAUCCAACAGAUAGGCUAACCAGCGCUCCGGCCGUUGUGCCGACGCAAAAAAUCGGCUCGUCAGUAGCUCCGAUGAUGACCACCAACACAUCUCCAUCCCGUGGCGGAGGCAAUGAAAAUGGUGACAAGAAAAAAGAAGAAUCGGACGAAGUCUGGGGCUACCUAGAAGCUCAGUCGUCUUUCUUGGGCCCUUCACUCUGGGAUAAUGGAGAUCUUAAGAUGGAAUAUAUGGAUCUGGACGAAUUUCUGUCCGAAAAUGGCAUCCCAUUAGGUGAAGGUCAAGGGCGUUCUCCACCUUCCAAGAGCCUCACUCCACCUCGUUUGGUUGCUAGUGCGGAUGGAAGCUCCGGAUCCGGCCUUGUUCGCUGCUCGCUGCCAUCCAGCGGUAGCGAGAGUCCCGAUAGUAACAAGGCGGGCAGCUCUGUUGGCACGCCACUUAAUUACCCGAGCCACAGUCCGGUCGAGAUUGAGCUGAAAGAUGACGAAUGCAGCAACGCCUCCGAAUCUUCGAAUUCUACGGAACUGGAUACUGUUGCCCCCUCCUCUCUGGAGAAGGCGAGGCCACCUGUGGGCAGACGCAAGCGCACCGCUGUCUCGACUUGUUCGUCCUUUAACGACAAUUCUUCAGACGAUGGUUCCUAUGUUCCUGGCCAAGAAGAUUUUGAUCCCAAGAGUCGCCAAUUUUCUCCGGAAGAAUUACGCCCUCAACCAAUGUCAAAGAAAUCGAAGAAACAGUAUGUUCCAGAUGACUUGAAGGAUGAUAAAUAUUGGGCUAGACGUCGCAAGAACAAUAUGGCGGCCAAACGUUCGCGUGAUGCACGUCGCGUUAAAGAGAACCAGAUCGCCAUGCGGGCAAAUUUCCUCGAAAACAAGGUAAAUGCCGAUUUGCAAGCUGAGGUGGAAAAGUGGAAGAAGUUGUACUACGCUGCACUUAAGAGUCUGGAAAAAUAUGAGAAACCCGGAAAAAAGUGAUAGAUAACAAUCCGCAUACUUCGUCCCUAUAUAUCGUAUCGACAUCAACUUUUAGAAGCCAUUCGUCUUCUUGGUCGUAGGUGUUAAUUCUCCUCGCCCCCCCCCUUCUCCUCAAGAUGACAACCCCCCUUUACUUUAUUUUUGCACAGUUUUCUUCAGAGGUUCAAAUUAUUACCUUCCAAGUUAUUAAAAAAAAGAGAUUUUUCUUUUUCCUUUUGUUUUGAUUAAUGGUGAUUUUCUGUUGUGAGACCGAACUCCAAGUACAAAUCUGUUACGAGAUAUAUGGAACCUCUUGGCGUUGAUACCCCCAGCAUAUUUUAGCCCCAUUUUUAUUGUAUAGUCGUUCGGGAAUGGAACAAAAAAAUAUGUUACACUUGGGUUCCUUCCCCGCAAAACAAAGACCCUUAAAUAUUACCAGUUGUUUUUAUAUGUAGUGUGCAAUGGUUUAGAAGUGAUCACUGAGAAAACUAAAGUGUCAUCUCGAGUGGUUGUCGCUAUUGUCACGGUGUUUCCAUCGUGUCCAAUAUGUAUUUUUGCUCACCCCCCACCCUUCCGUCAACGUAGUCGUUAGCCGAGGUGUAAUGUAUUGCUACUCCUCGAAGUUUAUCUUUAUUAGAUGUUAGAAAUGGUAUUGUAAUCGGGUCUAUGUAGUAAAAAAAAAAAACUUGUUUCAAUAAACGCGGUUUUAUCAACGAAAA